ACUAAUCACUUCUCUGAACUCAGGCUCAGCAUCAAACACACAUACAGUUUACAGUACCGCCAUUUCAAGACAUAGGACACAUCCGUCAUUAUUCAAACUCCUCAGUCCCUUUUCUGCCAUUUCACACACAUUCUCUCGCUCUCUCUCUCUCCUACUUCCACCUACACACUCACUCACACUCACAGAACUCUCACUCACUUCACAACUACUCAACACAUCUCUCUCUCUCUCUCUGUCUCUCUAUCUUUAGAAACAAGAAGGCGAAAAUGGGUAGUCGAAUUCAGUCGCACCAGCUGAGCAAUGGGCUGUACGUGUCGGGUCGACCCGAGCAGCAGCAGAAAGAUAAGCCCACAAUGGGUUCACGCGCCGUCCCCUACACCGGCGGCGACGUCAAGAAAUCCGGCGAGCUCGGCAAGAUGUUCGAUAUCCAAAUUCUCGAAGGCCCGGGCCCACACCCACCUCCGUCUUUGAAAUCCUCACGCCCGUCAACAAGCGGGUCGCUCCGAUCCGGAUCCGGGUCCACCUCCGGCCCACUGAGCUCCAAGCACACAACUUCCUCCGGCCCAAUGACGAGAAAGUCCUCUGGGCCCAUGCCGCUCCAGCCCACGGGCUUAAUCACCUCCGGCCCGCUCGGAUCAUCAACUGGGCGUCGGUCGGGUCAUCUGGACUCCGGGUCCGGGUUCGGGCCGGGGAAACCGAGCUACGGUGCGGCCGUGACGAGCUUGGGUUCGGGGGCGGAGGUGAGGGUGGGGAUUGGGGUGUCGAAGGCGGCUGUUUGGGUGUUUGUGGUGGCGGUGGCGAUGGGGUUGCUGAUUGGGGCGUUUCUGAUGGUGGCGGUGAAGAAGGCGGUGGUGCUGGUGGCGGUGGGAGGAGUGUUGGUGCCGGUGGUGGCGGUGGCGGUUUGGAAUUGCCUCUGGGGGAAGAGAGGGUUAGUAGGGUUCGUGAGAAGGUACCCCGAUGCUGAGCUUCGUGGUGCUCUUGAUGGACAGUUCGUCAAGGUCACUGGGAUGAAGGUGGAAGACUUUGUUGAACUUCAAGCCACCUUGUUUACUCUGGUCCACAUGAACAAUGUUGUUACUUGUGGUAGUAUUCCUUUGGAGUCAUCCUACCAAAGGGUACCAAGGUGUGUAUAUGUGUCCACAGAACUCUACGAAUAUAAGGGAGUGGGUGGAAAAUCUGCAAAUCCUAAACACCGUUGCUUGUCGUGGGGAUCUAGUCAUUCAGAGAAAUAUGUGGCUGACUUUUACAUAUCAGACUUCCAAUCUGGGUUAAGAGCAUUAGUAAAGGCUGGUUAUGGGGCUAAGGUUGCUCCAUUUGUAAAACCAGCAACUGCAGUUGAAGUCACAAAAGAAAACAAGGACUUAUCUCCAAGCUUUUUACGAUGGCUAGCUGACCGCAGCCUCUCUAGUGAUGACCGUAUAAUGCGCCUCAAAGAAGGGUAUAUCAAAGAAGGGAGCACUGUAAGUGUAAUGGGGGUUGUUCGACGCCAUGAUAACAUACUUAUGAUUGUUCCACCUUCAGAACCUGUCUCAACAGGCUGUCAGUGGGUCCGCUGCCUUCUCCCUACCUAUGUUGAAGGAUUAAUUUUGACAUGUGAUGAUAAUCAAAAUGCUGAUGUGGUUCCUGUGUAAAAAAUUUCUAUCUUGUCUUUAUGUUUUGAUAAAUUCCCAAGUAAAUAUUGGAAGGGCAGAAUUGAUGGAAAAAUGCCACACCGCCUGAGUACGCUGUUCUUUCCUGUCCAAAUUUAAGUGUGUAAAUUGCCCUAGAAGAUCAGAGCAAGAAGCUGAAGAUCACGUAAUAAUGAAUGAACUCUAGUUGGUGGUUAAGAUGCCACAAGCUAGGAUGCUAAUGGAGAUGAUGGGGGAAAAUGGAUUUCCACCAUCAAGAAGUUAGAAGAUGUAUUGUGAGGAAGUUGCACAUUUUGAUUUUUGCUAAUUUGAUAUGUACAUAAGUCGAGUUGAUAAGUUGCGGUAAAUGGUUCAAAAAUGGUUUGCUACUCUCAAUUAUAGCAUAAACUGUAGAAUUAUUAGUAUUUAUGUAUUAAGAUCUGAUUUUAAUUAGUCACUGUUUGAUGGUGUGAAUUGUUUAUGGGGGAUCUUGUCAAUAUUCAUAUUCAUCUAUUCUUGGUGAAAUUAUGUCUCUGACAUAAAGGUAGACCUCAUCGCAAGUGAGAUUUACAUUUACAUGGGAGGAAGGUGUAGUCCACUAGAUAUAUUGAAUAAUUUAUCCUGAUCUUGCUAUGUACCAA